AUGGAUCCUUCCACAAAAAUAAACAUGGGAUGCCUGUCAGAUGGAUACAAAAGGGUGAAAGAUCUGUUGAAUGACGUCCAGAAAAAUAGAACAGAUUGUCCGUCCUUUUAUUCAAGCAUCGUGGUCAAGCAAUCACCACCUGUGAUUAACAUGAUUAAAUUAGCAUGGUGGUUAAAUGGAACAUGCAAAUGUUCCGAAAACGCUAACUGUAUUUUCUUGUCUCUCCCCCAUGGAAAAACUGGAUACCAGUGUCACUGCAACAAAGGGUUCAGAGGAGAUGGAUUUCGAGAAAGCCUGCCUUGUCAAAGAAGUGAUGAUGAUGAUAUCAAACACUUCACAAAGAUACUUGCCAUGUCGGUGGUGCUUGCUGGAGUGCUGCUUCUAAUCCUGUCCUUGCUGUUGCUGUCAUACCUACGGACAAAAAUGGGGAUAUUUGGAAAUAAUCAUAUGAAUGUUAAAAAUAAUGAUAGCAGCCAUAGCCAAGAGGAAGAUUUAGAGCUGCCUCUAUUUGACUUGGCUACAAUAACUAGUGCGACGAACGGCUUCUCUGCGAACAACAAGAUUGGAGAAGGUGGAUUUGGACCCGUCUAUAAGGGUAUAUUGGAGGGAGGACAAGAAAUAGCUGUGAAGAGACUUUCAAAGAGUUCUAGACGAGGCCUUAAAGAGUUCAAAAAUGAAGUCAUCUUAAUUGCCAAACUUCAACACCGAAACCUGGUGAAGCUUUUAGGAUGUUGUAUUGAAGGAGAUGAAAAGAUGUUGAUCUAUGAAUACAUGCCCAACAAAAGCUUAGAUUCCCUUAUUUUUGAUCCAAGAAAUACCGAGUUACUAGAUUGGCCAAACAUCAUCAAUGUAAUAGUUUCAGAGCUUAUUUAUUUACAUCAGGGCUCAAGAUUAAGAAUUAUUCGUAGAAAUCUUAAAGCUAACAGCAUUUUAAUAAAUUAUGAAUUGAAUCUUAAAAUUUCAUAUUUUGGUAUGGCGAGAAGCUUUGGAGGAAAUGAAAUUGAAAAAAAUACAAAUAAAGUGGUUGGAACAUUUGGCUACAUAUCUCCAGAUUAUAUGUUAGAUGGGAUUUACUCAAUAAAAUCUGAUGUCUUCAAUUUUGAUGUUUUUAUAUUAGAGAUAAUUAGUGGGAAGCGUAAUAGAGGAUUCCGCCAAAAACACUACAGCCAUGGCCUCAACAUUCUUGGUUAUGCUUGGAUGCUCUAUGUGGAAGGAAGAUAUUGGGAACCAAUUGAUGGAUCAACAGGGGACUCAUGCAGUCCAUCUGAAGCAGUGCGAUUAAUUCAAGUUGGCCUGUUGCGCGUUCAACAAAAUCCAGAAGACAUUCCUAGCAUGUCAGACGUGGUUCUGAUGCUGGGUGGAGAGGGCACAUUGCCUCAGUCUAAGAAGCCUGGCUUUUACAUCAAAAGGGUUUUGCUUGAUUUUAAAUCUUCCUCCAGCAGCAACAAAAUGUAUUCAGUCAACAAGGGCAUCAUGACUCCUUUGCAAAACUCCGUAGAUGCCACUUCAUUUAAUGUUCUGUGCUAUGAGUACGUAAAAUACUUGAUAAAAGCCCUUCAAAAACAACAUUUUUCUUGA